UAUUAAUAUUAGUAUUAAUAUUGGUAUAGAUAUUAUAUACUUAUACUUGUUUUUUCAGUUACCCGAAAUUAAUUUGAAUACAAAGCACUACUAUAAAUGGCCUACACCUAUUUGGGAUACCGUUAGCGAACAACAUGCUGAAGAAAAUAUGAACUUAUACAAAUAUGGAGACCCUCUACAAUUCCUAAAUAUGAAAACAAUGUCACUAAAACAAUUUGAUCUUCCAAAUACUUUUCAACCGCCACACUGUCAAAUAAUGGAAUCUGUUAAAUUUUUAAAAACAUACAAAGUCGACUGUUUAUUAGCCACAUUAGAAGAACUACAAUUAAGCGCCAGAAAUAUACUAAAUUUUAUGCAAAAUAACAAAUUACUCUUAAAACCCAUAAACGAGGCCAACGAACCGGGGUAUAUUAUGAAUAUUUUAAGCGACCUUAAAUUACAAAUUUGUGAAAGUGAAUUAUGUGAAAUAAUGCCACUAAAUAACAGCACUGCUGUAGAACAUCGUCUCAAAUUCCUCUACCCCGCAGAGAUCAAAUUUCAACUGUUACAUAACUACACACAACUUUUGGGUGGCUUGGUAGCGUUCAGUGCUAUAAAUACUACGCUAAACAGCAGAGAAUUAUGGCAAACAUACCACUUGCAAUAUAUUUACAAAAAUAUAACAUUUAAGGAUGUAAGCAAAGAAAUAAAUGAGACUGCUUACAAUGUAGAAACAGUCAAACUUACUUCUGGACCUUUGGGUUAUACAGAAGGCAAACCUAUAAUUGUAGCGCGCUUUAUAGCAAACAAUCAAAGUGCCGCAUUAACGCAAACAAAUCAAGUUUUAAAUUAUUUCCAUGUAAAUGCCACAAAAUCGUCUGCAAAUCACACACUUUCUUUAUUCACCACACACCAACGCUUUUGCCACCACGAUGCUGCGCCGGCAAACCUUAUAAAUUAUGGCAUAAGUGUGCUAAAGCAAUGCAAGCUGCGUUUUAACAAUGAAAGCCUCACGAAAAUAUCCCAAAAAGAACGCAAUUUCACUGAAAUUUGCGUACAACUACAAGCCCAAAUCACAGCACAGUUAUUUGCUGCUGAUGUUUUUCUGUGGGAUGAAAAAUUUCCGGAAUUAUUUAUCUCUCAAUUGGGACGACCAGAAAAUCGUAGCGACAAAUGGACGCCUUUAAAAGUAGAAAAUCAAAAUUUUGCGCCCAUAAGUGGUGAAUUCAAUGCGCAGACACAAAGUUUUAGUUGUCGAAAUAUGUUACUAAAUAUUGCUUACGAGUUCCUAGUGGGUCAAUUUACCGAAGCGGGUAUAGCACAGCAGUCAUUGGUUCAGCAGGCAACACUGCUGUUUGGCGAACGUAAUGAUUUGGAAUUCGAAAUGGAUGAAAAGAUCGAGGUGCCAUUGACGGUAUCCGUUAUAUUCUUUGAUUAUUCUAAAGACGUACAUAACUGCGGGAUUUCGAGUUAUAAUGCUAGGAUCAUAUGGUUUAUUAUAUUAAUGAAUUUUGUAACUUCAUACGUAAACCCUUAAAUAUUUAUAAAUUAACCACUAGAAAAAGUAGUGCUUAGUUUGUAGUAAUGCCUAUGAGACCGUAAUUAGUAUGUAAUUAGCAUUCGAAAUUCAAUUAAAAUAAAGCGUAGUAAUGAAUAUUUAUAAUAUA